AUCGGCCGUAUGCAAACACACUCUCUAUCCGGUCGCCGAGUAGACUAGGACCGCUUUGCCCACUAAUGCCUCUCAAAUGCAUCUUGGGACUGGAGAAUCGAGUUUGGACGUGUCGUAAUUUUAAAAGAGAAUUCGCGCGUGCUGAAACGACAAGGCCAAUUUUAAGUUGAGCCGAGAGAGUAGGAGAAAUAGAAAACGCUGGUUGCGGCUGCUGAGCGUGGCACUUUGCAGAAUGGGCUUGAUGGCUAUCAUCUGGUUGGUCGCGGCUCUGAUUGUUCAGCAAAGUUUCUGCGAGUCGUCAUCAAAUAACGGCAGCGCGACCACGCAGAAUGUACGGCGGGUGUGCAGGGCGAGGGACGCGAUUCUGCCGCCCCACUUGUUCGCACUGCACACCUGCGCCCUGUGCUACACAUACAUGAUGCCGGCCGCCUUCAGGGAACCAGCCCGGCCGCAAUUCCACCCAGGCCAGAAUAAUGUCCUCAAACUGUUGCCACCGCGCCACAAUGAAAGUGUCUUCGCCGACGCCAGUGACGACGCCAAUCCUCUCCUGCAAACUUUCAGCGGCGAGUUGGCCAAGAAGAAGUGGCUCGAGUGCUGCAACAACGCGCGCAUCUGCUGCGACACCAUUCUGGCCAACGUCUCCACCACCCCUGCGGGGUGGUGUCCGCGCACAUGGGAUGGCUGGAUGUGUUGGGGCGACUCGACACCGUCCACCAUGCAGUAUAAUUCUUGUCCUACCUUCAUCGCACUCACCUCCGAGCCACCUUCUUGUAUGCAAGCAAGUAAGAUGUGUUUAUCAGACGGGACGUGGUUCCGCUCGCAAGAAACUGGGGCAGAGUGGACCAACUACUCGACCUGCAGCACCGUCCAAGGCCACCAGAACAGAGCCUACAUUAGUUUGGCAGCCUUUGGGGUGAGCGUCGUUGCCCUUGUACCAGCACUAGUGAUUUUUUCCAUCUACAGGCAGCUUAGAGUGCCGAGGGUCGCUUUGCAUAGACACCUGUUCACGUCGCUGCUGCUGAACGCAAUCGCGGUGAUCGUCUUCAAAGGCAGCUUCCUCAUCCCCGCGACGACGCAAGGCUCUCUUAUUACAAAGGACGGCCUCUUCUGCAAAACGCUCAUAAUGGUAACUAAGUACUUCAGAGUUUCCAAUUACAUGUGGAUGUUUUGCGAGGGCUUUUACCUCCACCGACUGAUCGCCGCCGCUUUUGUUGAGGAGACCAGCUUGCUGAUUUUCUACUUGAUUGGAUGGGGCUUGCCGGUGGUGGUUGUGGCCUCGUAUUUCGGCGCUAUCAUUUUCCACGUGCCCUCUCUGGACGUUAGCGAGUGCUGGUCCUUUCCGGACUACGACUGGGUCCUCUACGCGCCCUGCCUCCUCUCGCUGGCCAUCAACUUCCUCUUCCUCAUCGACAUCAUCCGCGUCCUGUGGCUGAAACUUCGCGCCCGCCACGCCCAAGAGCCUUCCCAGUACAGGAAAGCCGUAAGAGCGACUCUUGUGCUGGUGCCUCUCUUUGGUCUCCACCUGUGUUUAACUAUGUACCGACCGCCCAGCGGGUCCUGCAGCGGCCUCUUCAUACAGAUUUACAACGUGGCAGACUACUUGCUUGACGGACUACAAGGGUGUUUUGUUUCCCUCAGCUUCUGCUACUUUAGUGGAGAAGUCCAGUACUUGGUGAAGAGGUCCUAUCAAAGAUUCGUCCAGAGGCAUAGGCCAAAUUUAACUGCAGCUUCUUGGCUCUCGGCAGACGCCAACCAGCAAAACCAAAUGAACUCACAGACAACCAUGUCCCUGGCCGAGCCUGUGGCUUCCAACAGGAGGGGCACCAGAUACUCAUGCCCGACUGUUGAGAGGACCGCCAAGAACGACACUCUUUUUUAAUUUAUUUAUGUGCUCAUUGACUGAAAAUACUCACAUUACCAAAGAAAAUAUAAGUAAUUGUUCAUAAUUAUAAGUAUGUGAAUAAUUGUGCUGAAUGUCAUGUUGAUUGUUGAAUAAAAA